AUGCAGCCGUCUCCAGAAGACCAAACCAAUCCGACCGAUCGUCCGGGCACGCCUCCCCGCCCGCCUUACUCCCCAGUGACGCCCGUCUUAUCGCAUCUCGCCCCCGUCCCCAACAACAACACCAACGGCACCGACUUCCCCGCAUCCUCCGCUCCGUUCUCGGCCUCGUCAUCCCAUCCCAUCGUCCCUCCGCCUGCGCGCUCCCCUUCGCCGACAACUCGCAUCGCGCCGCCGUCCAUCCCCGCCCUUCACAGUAACGUGAAUAACCAUCACCAGAACCAGAACCACAAUCAUGCCGACCUCUCCACCCUCUUCUCCGCUCCUCCUCCACCUCCCGCAUUCACAACUCCAUCUCGUCCGUCGCCACCACAGCAGCUGCAUCAGCAACAGCAGAGCCAGCUCCCACAACCCACAUUCAUCCCCGAGCCCUCACCCAUCCCGAUCUCCGAGAGCGAGAACCCCGACGCGUCGGCGCUGCGCUCAGCCAUCUCCAUCUUACAGAUGCAGAAGCAGCAAAGUCUACGAGACUUGCGGACGCUCGAACGGUUGAAGAAAGCGGCGGCCGCGGACCCAGAGGCGUUUGCGCGCGAACUAGCGGCGGGGAGUUUGUCGGCGAGGAGGGACGCCGGAGGAUUCCUUGGGAUUGAUCCCACGGGUGGGGGAGAUGAGGAUGAUGAGGAGGGGGAGGGUGUUGAUGUUAAUGGUGGAGAGGAAGGAGGGUCGCGUGUGAAGUUCGAGACGAUACCGACACCGCAGAACGUGGUGCGCAUGCCGCCGGUUAAUUGGGCCAAGUAUCAGAUCGUGGGGGAUCCGUUGGAUCGCAUGCAUGAGGAUCAGCGACGACGGCCAUUCUCUGGGGAGCCGAGACGAGAGGAUACGCAGAGAGCGCCGGAGCAUGUUCUAGCUUCGCCGUAUCGGCCGUUUGUCGACAAGCUGGAAACGCCUAGUAAGGUCAAAGGUGCCAGCAAGAGUAAGAAGACGUGA